CUCAAUGGAAUGCUACAACUGUACUUACCUCCAACUGGACCUGGUUUCAUUAAUUCAAGUACCUGAGUGAACUGAACUGACGAGCGCCUCAACUCCAAAUCCAACCCCGCCAUCCAAGCUACGAGCUGCCUGGCCAACUGCAGCCUACACGAAUCAACGCCAAUAUACUCCAAAUUUCAUCCUUAGACGUGUACGGCCUGCCUCUCGUUACCAAGGGAGUUAUUAAAUCAUGGCUGCUCCUCCUAUCGUUCUCGAUGGAGGUACCGGUUUUUUAAAGGUCGGAUACGCCGCACAGAAUUUCCCCGAAUUUCAAUAUCCAUCUAUUGUCGGCCGACCGAUCCUACGAACGGAAGAGAAAAACAAUGACAAUGACAUCGUCCUCAAGGAUAUCAUGUGCGGUGAUGAGGCGGCGGCGGCGCGGACCAUGCUUCAGAUCUCCUAUCCUAUGGAGAACGGUAUCGUCAAGAAGUGGGAUGACAUGCAACACCUGUGGGAUUACACAUUCUACGAAAAGAUGAAGAUUGACCCGAGGGGUCGCAAGAUUCUGCUUACCGAACCACCUAUGAACCCCCUGAAGAACCGAGAACAGAUGUGCGAGGUUAUGUUCGAACGAUAUGGCUUUGGCGGUGUCUACGUUGCUAUUCAAGCCGUUCUGGCUUUAUACGCGCAAGGUUUAAGCUCCGGUGUUGUCGUCGAUUCUGGUGACGGAGUUACCCACAUUGUCCCUGUCUACGAGUCUGUUGUCCUCAACCAUCUUACUCGAAGACUUGACGUGGCCGGUCGAGACGUGACACGUAACCUGAUCGCCCUUCUCUUGCGAAGAGGUUAUGCACUUAACCGAACGGCCGAUUUCGAGACUGUACGACAGAUUAAGGAGAAGCUUUGCUAUGUGUCAUACGACCUGGAACUGGAUAAGCGUCUUAGUGAGGACACGACAGUACUGGUGGAAAGUUACACCCUGCCCGAUGGUCGAGUAAUCCGAGUAGGUAGCGAGAGAUUCGAGGCUCCCGAAUGUCUCUUCCAGCCUCACUUGGUAGAUUGCGAACAGCCGGGCAUUGCCGAGUUCCUGUUCAACACCAUUCAGGCCGCCGACGUCGACGUUCGCUCUUCUCUCUUCAAAGCUAUUGUCCUCUCCGGUGGAAGCAGCAUGUAUCCAGGCUUGCCGUCACGACUAGAGAAGGAACUCAAGCAAUUAUGGCUCACACGUGUUCUUGGUGGCAAUCCCGAACGACUGAACAAAUUCAAGGUUAGGAUAGAGGAUCCCCCUCGCCGUCGACACAUGGUCUUCUUGGGUGGUGCGGUGCUGGCCAAUAUCAUGGCGGACAAGGAGAGCAUGUGGAUCACGCAACAAGAGUGGGCAGAACAAGGGCCGAGGAUCCUGGAAAAACUAGGACCGCGAUAGAAAACUGAACGGUUCAUGAUUCGAGCAUGCGAUGCAGAAAUUUAGAGUUGAACGAUCAUGGUGUUUUACGAAGUUGUAGCAAAAAUGAUUUAAAAUGGUUUUAGCCCAAGGCGCCAUCGUCGUUUUUAUUUCACCCAAUCCAUCCCAGUCGAUAUAUCUGUGUCUUGUUCGUCCGGUUCCUCUAGUCGUACGUUUUGAUCGUCGUGUAUGUGUAACUGACUUGAAC